AUGGACCCCCGGGAGUGCUCCUGCUUGUCUGGAGGAAUAUGCAUCUGCGGAGACAACUGCAAAUGUACCACCUGCAACUGUAAAACAUGUCGCAAAAGCUGCUGCUCCUGCUGCCCCCCGGGCUGUGCCAAGUGUGCCCAGGGCUGUGUCUGCAAAGGCGGCUCCAGCAAGUGCAGCUGCUGCCCCUGA